AUGGAAAACGUUCAAUACUCUACGUGGGCGGAACUCUUCAAGAUUCACGCACGAUCUCACAAGGUUCUUAAUCAUAUCAUUCCUCCGAAGGCCGGUCAGAGGAAGAUUCCUUCUACUGAUGAAGAAAAGGAACUAUGGUCAACCUUGGAUGCCACGGUUCUUUCGUGGAUUUAUUCUACCAUUUCUAACGACCUAUUGCACACAAUUAUCGAGUCCGAUUCAACGGCUAUGGAAGCUUGGGAUAGAUUGCGUGAUAUAUUCCAAGAUAAUCAACAUUCCCGUGCCGUUGCCCUUGAACAAGAUUUCACCACUGUCUCUAUGGAGCAUUUUCCUAAUGCCUCUGCUUAUUGUUAA